GAAGCCAUUGGACCUCAUUGCUUUUCCCCAGCAGCAGUGGCCGAUUCGAAUUCGAUCAUAUUCAGACCGAAUAGGAAGAACAUGGAACAAGAAGCGGCGGAAACGCUGAUUCAGGCAGCGAGCUCGGAUGGGUCGGAGCCGGCGUCAGUGAACCGCGCCAGGAAGCUGCUGUUCCGGCGAAUGCUAGUUGGAAUAAGAGACGGCCGGUUUUUCUUGGGCACCUUUCACUGCAUCGACAAGCAAGGCAACAUUAUACUCCAGGACGCAGUGGAGUAUCGGAGCACGCGGCGGUCCUCCCCGUCUCCGAUGGAGCAGCGGUGCCUUGGUCUGAUUCUAAUCCCUUCUUCUUGCCGUGCUUCUUGUCACGUUGGUUGCUCUGUCGAAGAACAAUUGUCUCUGCUUUCCUUCUAGAACCAAUCUUUUACAAAAUAUGGUUUUGUACUAUGAUGUUUGUAUUCACGUCUUUAACAAGACGAUAUUCAAAACUACUCUGAUGUGCGGUGUGCGAAGACGGGUUUGAUUUUAUAAAUGAUAGAAACUGUUUUGCUUAGAA